UUCUCUGUUUUGUCCACAGGUUGCUGGUGGGGGCCCCUCGGGCAGUGGCCCUUCCGCUGCAGAGGGCCAACCGGACAGGAGGCUUGUACAGCUGCGACAUCACCUCUCGGGACCCGUGCACACGGAUUGAGUUUGACAACGAUGCCGACCCUACCUCGGAAAGCAAGGAAGACCAGUGGAUGGGGGUCACUGUGCAGAGCCAGGGUCCCGGCGGCAAAGUGGUGACAUGUGCUCAUCGAUAUGAAAAAAGACAACACGUUAACACAAAGCAGGAAUCCCGAGACAUCUUUGGAAGGUGUUAUGUCCUGAGUCAGAACCUCAGGAUUGAAGAUGAGAUGGAUGGAGGAGACUGGAGUUUCUGUGAUGGCCGACUCAGAGGCCAUGAAAAGUUUGGUUCUUGCCAGCAAGGCGUAGCAGCUACUUUUACUAAAGACUUUCACUACAUUGUAUUCGGAGCCCCGGGAACUUACAACUGGAAAGGGAUUGUUCGCGUAGAACAAAAGAAUAACACUUUUUUUGACAUGAACAUCUUUGAAGAUGGGCCUUAUGAAGUUGGUGGAGAGACUGACCAUGACGAGAGUCUAGUUCCUGUUCCUGCUAACAGUUACUUAGGCUUUUCUUUGGACUCAGGGAAAGGGAUCAUUUCUAAAGAUGACAUCACUUUUGUAUCUGGUGCUCCGAGGGCCAAUCACAGUGGAGCUGUGGUUUUGCUCAAAAGAGACAUGAAGUCUGCACACCUUCUCCCCGAGCACAUAUUUGAAGGAGAAGGUCUGGCUUCUUCCUUUGGCUACGACGUGGCAGUGGUGGACCUCAACAAAGAUGGGUGGCAGGAUAUUGUGAUUGGAGCCCCACAGUAUUUUGAUAGAGAUGGAGAGGUUGGCGGUGCAGUGUAUGUCUACAUGAACCAGCAAGGCCGGUGGAAAAAUGUCAAGCCAAUCCGUCUUAACGGAACCAAAGACUCUAUGUUUGGCAUUGCCGUCAAAAAUAUUGGCGAUAUUAAUCAAGAUGGCUACCCAGACCUUGCAGUUGGAGCUCCCUAUGAUGGUAAUGGCAAGGUUUUUAUCUAUCAUGGCUCUGCGAGCGGAAUAAACACCAAACCAACACAGGUUCUCGAGGGUAAUUCACGUUUUUUUGGAUAUUCAAUUGCUGGAAACAUGGACCUUGAUAGAAAUUCCUACCCUGAUGUUGCUGUUGGCUCGCUGUCAGAUUCAGUAACUAUUUUCAGAUCCCGGCCUGUGAUUAAUAUUCAGAAAACCAUCACAGUGACACCCAACAGGCUCGAUCUCCGCCAGAAAACGGCCUGCGGGGCGCCCAGUGGGAUCUGCCUCAAGGUUAAGGCCUGCUUCGAAUAUACUGCCAAACCCGCUGGUUACAAUCCUUCAAUAUCCAUUGUGGGCACACUUGAGGCUGAAAAGGAGAGAAGGAAAUCCGGGCUGUCAUCGAGAGUUCAGUUUCGGAACCAAGUUGCUGAGCCCAAGUAUACUAAACAGAUCACGCUGAGCAGGCAGAAGCAGAAGGCGUGUAUGGAGGAAACACUCUGGCUGCAGGAAAACAUCAGGGAUAAGCUGCGCCCCAUCCCCAUAACUGCCUCCGUGGAGAUCCAAGACCCGAGCACGCGGCGGCGAGUGAAUUCGCUUCCAGAGGUUUUUCCAAUUCUGAAUUCCAACGAGCCCAAGACAGUCCAUACAGAUGUGCACUUCUUAAAAGAGGGAUGUGGAGAUGACAACGUGUGCAACAGCAACCUUAAACUAGAAUACAAGUUUUGUACCCGGGAAGGAAACCAGGACAAGUUUUCUUAUCUCCCGAUUCAAAAAGGUGUUCCAGAACUAGUCCUAAAAGACCAGAAGGACAUUGCUUUAGAAAUAACAGUGACAAACAGCCCUUCUGACCCAAAGAACCCCACCCGAGAUGGCGACGACGCGCACGAAGCCAAACUCAUCGCGACUUUCCCGGACACUCUGACUUACUCCGCGUACAGAGAGCUGAAGGCCUUCCCUGAGAAGCAGCUGAGUUGUGUUGCCAACCAGAAUGGCUCACAAGCGGACUGUGAGCUCGGAAAUCCCUUUAAAAGAAAUUCCAGUGUUACUUUUUAUUUGAUUUUAAGUACAACUGAGGUCACCUUUGACACCACGGAUCUGGAUAUUAAUCUGAAGUUGGAAACAACAAGCAAUCAAGAUAAUUUGGCUCCAAUUACAGCUUCUGCAAAAGUGGUUAUUGAACUGCUUUUAUCGGUCUCUGGAGUUGCCAAACCCUCCCAGGUGUAUUUUGGAGGGACCGUCCUUGGUGAGCAAGCUAUGAAAUCUGAAGAUGAAGUGGGAAGUUUGAUAGAGUAUGAGUUCAGGGUUAUUAACUUGGGCAAGCCUCUUAAAAACCUGGGCACAGCAACCUUGAAUAUCCAGUGGCCGAAAGAAAUCAGCAACGGCAAAUGGUUGCUUUAUUUGGUGAAAGUAGAAUCCAAAGGAUUGGAAAAGAUAGCUUGUGAGCCACGGAGUGAAAUAAACCCUCUGAACUUAAAGGAGUCCCACAACUCCAGAAGGAAACGGGAAAUUGCCGAAAAACAGAUUGAUGGUAGCAAGAAAUUUUCACUAUUUGCUGAAAGGAAAUACCAGACCCUUAACUGCAGCGUCAACGUGAACUGCGUGAACAUCAGGUGCCCGCUGCGGGGGCUGGACAGCAAGGCCUCGGUGCUGCUGCGCUCCAGGUUGUGGAACAGCACGUUUCUAGAGGAGUACUCUAAAAUGAACUACCUGGACAUCCUCGUGCGGGCCUCCAUUGAUGUAACUGCUGCCACCGAGAACAUCAAGCUGCCGCACGCAGGCACCCAGGUGAGACGGGCCCCAGUCCGCACUCGGAGCAAAACCCCCUGCCCAGGGCCCAGGAUGUGCUGCCUUGGCCUCAUUCCACAGCACGGCGACCCUGUCAAGGAGAAAUCCCAUAACGUCUCCAGGUGCUGCCACCGCACGCUGUAUUUUAAUGGAAUCACCGAAGAAAGGAGUGAAUCCUUCAGUGGGGCCUCUGGUUCUGCAGUGCACAGGGUAGACUUGGGAGCUGCUGCUCGAUGGACCCGGUGCACCUCCCCACAUCACCACCAGCCUGGGGACAUGAGACCAGAUGUGGGGCUCACAGCUCCUCAGUGUGGAUUCUUCAAACGCUCUAGGUACGAUGAAAGCAUUCCCCGAUACCAAGCUGUAAAGAUCCCGAAAGAAGAGCGAGAGAUCAGAGAUGAAAAAUACAACGACCACCUGGAGAAAAAGCAGUGGAUCACAAGGUGGAAUGAAAAUGAAAGCUACUCCUAGGGGCCAGAGGAGCGUCACAGCCCCCAACUGCUUUUGUAUUCCCCAGCUCAGAAAUCCAAAUGGUUUCAAAGCCUGAUCCCUGACUAUUGAGUUCAGACAGACUGCACCAUAGUACGAACCGACAGUUUUAACUGCUGUGGACAUUGUUACGUAGCCUACGGCUGCUGUUCUGCACAGCCAAAUGUAAGACUGUUGGAAUGGAUUUUUCUUUAACUGCCUUAAUUUAACUUUCCGGGUUGCCUUUGUUUUUGGUGUGGCUGACUCACACGUGCGGGGGAAGGCCCCGCCCAGUUGCACUCAUCUGACAUCCUCCCGCUAGUGUAACUGGAAGAAGGCGCCCGUGGCCACCGUGUCAGCAGAGUGACUGUCGGUGCUGCCUCUGCAAGCAUUCUUCCCAAUAGGACUGGAGAACCUGCAAGUUAACUGUCCCCCAUCACAAGACAAUGCCGUAGGGGUAGCUGUGUUUCCAUUUAAAGUGCUAUCUAAAUUAAAUGUGCAAUAGAAGGUGAUGUUGCCAUCCUGCCAUCUUUUUCCAUUUCCCAGAUGUGUGAAUACCUGUUCACACCAAAGACAUCCAGGUUUCCUUCUCCCUUUUCACUAAAACACACAGGCGCAACUGACUUGAAUGCUAGUUAUCCUUAUUUGUAUAUGGUAUUUAUUUUUUCUUUUUAACAAACCAUUUUGUUAUUGACUAACAGGCCAAAGAUUCUCCAGUUUGUCCUGCAGGUUGGAGUAAGCAAUCAGAAUUAGAACAUGGGAGGUCAUUGGUUUGAUCUAAAGUAUUUACUGCAAAAAGAAAAUAAUGCUUUAUAAAUGUACCAGAGUUGUUAUAAUUUACAGAUAAGUUAUUAAAACAUCUUCCUUCAUGACAUCCCUUACCUUGACCCCCUCCCUCCAAACCCAAAAGGUUUGUUUAAGAAAUAGGAUUAACCGUUCGAAGUUUUAAUUCUGGACAGACAAUGGAUAUUUUUGAGUUUGGAGCCCUGUGUGACAAUUCUGAAUUUUAUGUUAUAACUUUCAGGAACUCUUGGGAAAAAAAGGGGGUUUAUUUCUUGACCUUUCACUGCUGUAUUAUACAGGACUUGAAAGAAAUGGUGAGUGCCUAUGGUGGAUCCAAUCCGAUCCAGUGGAAGACUACUGAAUACCCGAUACCAAAAGUCAGAUUAGAACAUCAUGACUUUUAUGUUUUAAAUAUUAUUGGAAUCACGUCAUGUGAGUCAGAGUUCUAUUUUUUUGCUGUGUUUCCUCCCCUAUGUAUAUUCCCCAAAUUAUUUUAGGACUACUCUAACAAGGACUUUAACUUGUUUUUUAAGUGUAAAAGUGGAGGAGGGGAGGAAGACAUUAUUCUUCUAUACAUUCAAUAGAGACUGAAUAGAUAUGAAAGCCGGAUUUUAAAAAAUGAUUGUGCUUCAAGAUGUUAAGUUAUAUGGGGAGCAAGAGCAAACCAGGUGCUAAUUUGUUUGGAUGUAAUGUAAGCUGUGUCUCAUUCUUUUGAAAACAAAAUACAGCUAUGUACCAUUGUUGCUUUGGAGUUUUAAUUUUCUUUCCUUUUCGGAAAUCUUAUACCCUUAAGAUACUAAGAACAUUACUCUAGUUGUACUUUAGAAAUUUCAUUCACAAAUACUGUUUUCCAAAUGAUAUUUUGUUUACAAGAAUUUCUUGAGAUCAGGUCAUAACAGUGUUUAAAGUCUCAGUUUCUUGCUUAGGUAACUUGGAACCCAAUGUACUGGCUUCAUAGGUUGCUAAGAAGCUGAUAUUUUGAACGUGUUUAUCGGCCCUUGUUAUAAAGACGAAUGUCCUUGGGAAGGGGUGGGGAGGUGGGUGCAAGGGUGGCUCAACAACAAAGAAACAAGAAUGUGGUGGUCUUUACGUUUGUAGUUACGAAAAAUGUCAUCUCAAGUCAAGUCACUGGUCUAUUCUCAUUUGAUACAUUUUAUACUAAAUAGCAUUGUAAAAUUAUUUCAUGGUUAGAAAAUACCUGUGGAUAUUUGUACAAAAGUAUGAAAUAAAUUUUUUUAUGAAAGUGUU